AUGGACAAACGCACCUACGAAUCUCCUAUGGACUGGGAAUACCAGACCACCGGCCCCAUGGACCCCUCGAGUCCCUUCGCCCAAUCGUCCAAACAGGCACAGGACAGAAACAAAUUUGGCUCAUCUUCAAACUUUGGCACCUUUGGCCAGAGCCCCUUCACCCGUACCAACAGCUCGCCCUCCAAACCGGCACCCCAUAGUCCUUCCAUCUUUUCCGGCUCCCACUUGCAGAGGACGACUACAGCGCCACCAUUUCGGAACCCUGCUUUUACCACCCCGCGCAAGCCAUUCGACAUGGAUGCGCUCUCCGAGAUCUCGGCUGCCGAAUCAAGCCCAGCCGGUAGUAACGGCUCUGACUUUGCAGACACGCCUGAGCACGACGAAUUGUAUGACCUUCGCCACCGGACCAUCACUCCUGCGACCAUGAGCAGGAAGAAUUCGAUUGUGGGAAAGAAGGCCAGCGGGAAGGGCGACAUAAUGAAACCUACGUUUGCGUCGCGGGACAAGGUGCGCAAGAGGAAACGAUACAACACCGACAGGGACAUCAGUCGCUAUCGCAUGCCCUAUAUCCAUCCCGAAGAAUACGACGAGACAGAUUAUGAGUCUGACGACAGUACCUUUCAGCCGGGAAGAGCCCCAAAGUCUCAGAAGAAGCGUGGCAAUGGUGGCUGGUUCGGGAGCUUCUUGACGCUCAUCCAGAAGCACCCGUACGUGCCGAGCAUACUGGGCUACUGGAUGAGCCUCGCCUUUAAUGGUGUCAUCAUGAGUGGGGUUUUCUGGAUUGCGUGGGAGAUUAUCGCCGGAUUGCGGAAAGACUUCGCCCAAGCAAGGUCGGCCGUUCGGGAAGACAUCGUCUACGAGAUCACCAAGUGCAGGACCGACUUCAUAGCGAACAGGUGUGUCCCGUUGGAACAGCGACUACCGGCAAUGCACGAGCUGUGUGAGCAAUGGGAUGCCUGCAUGAACCAGAACCCCGAGGCUGUCAAGAAUGUCCAGCUCGGCGCCAAGGGCAUCGUGGAGAUCGUCAACGAGAUUGUUGACACCAUGUCUUAUAAGACCAUCGCUCUCGGUGUUCUGCUGAUUGUCAUAUUCGCCUUCAGCGGACGGUCUAUAUACAAGAGUACCACCAAUUAUCCCGAUUGGCCGAGACAACCACCUCCGUACGCCCAGCACCACGGAGGGGAUCAGCAUCUGCUGGGACCAUCGCCUCAAGUCUACUGGCAAGCUCUGCAGCCCCAGACGCCCCGUCAUCUCAAUGCUAGACAUCUUGUCAGCAACGAGGAGACGCCCGACACGGAUGGGUCGCCGCCGUCACGGUUCAAGGCUCUGACUGUACCACAAACACCAGGGACGCGGCGGAGUCCAUCCAAAGAAGAAAGAGGGAGAAGUCUCACGAAGAGCCGGAGUCCAAGUAAGCGGUACUGA